AUGGGCAGAAGUAACCCAAGUCGCCGGUCAAACUCACAGUGGCCGGAAUUUCAAGAAAUUUUGGAGCUAAAAUUCACAGCAAUCGAAGGUCGGACAAAGCCUACUCCAUGCCAAGAAAUACCCUCUAUGGCGAGCUCGCGUGAGAGAGCAAGGAAGAAGGACCCUAAUGUUCCACUCCUGUCAAUCGCGGCAUUCAAGCCCACGCGAAUUAAAUGA